AUGAAGCUUGUUUGGUCACCUGAAUUAGCCUCCAAAGCCUACAUCCACACUGUCAAAACUUGUGAAAGUUUCAGAAGAGACUCCAGCAGCAUUGCAGAGCUAAUUUCCGCCAUGGCAGCAGGAUGGAACGCCGGACUGAUAGUAGAAACCUGGUCCCUCGGCUGCCCAAUCGCAACCAGCAUCGGUCUCAUAAUAGCAAGCAUACACACUGGAGGAAGACACGUCUGUAUAGUCCCCGACGAUGAAUCGGCAGACUUUUACAGGGACUCCAUCAGACUGGCCACCGGCGAGACUCCCAAUGUUUUGGUUGGACUUCACACAGAGAAGAUGACUAUGUCGGCACUAACCGGCAUAGACUUCUUGCUCUUGGAUUGCAGCAGCAAAAAUGAUCUCGAUAUUCUAAGGGUGGCAAAAUUAGGUCACAGAGGAGCCGUUCUCGUUUGCAAAAAUGCAAACUCAAAAACCCUAUCUGAUUUCGGCCUACAAUCGGUCCUGGGUGGCGAAUCACGGAAAAUUGUUAGAUCAGCUUAUUUGCCGGUUGGAAAUGGGUUGGAUAUUGCGCAUGUAGCUGCAGAGAGUUCGGCAGAAGAUGCUAAAGGGAACGUGAAGGGGAAGGGGAAGGGGCGAUGGUUUAAACAUGUAAACCCCGAUUCUGGAGAACAUUUAUUUAUUAGGAAGUAA